AUGUCAAGAAUAAGUGGAACGGGUCAUCGACGGAGAAAAGACCUCUGGGAAGAUGAAGAGGACAAUGAACGCAAGCUGACAUUGGACGAUGUCCGCAGUGAAGAAUCCAUUGCUGAAAGCGAGAAAGAUACCCAGAAAGGUUCGAAGAUAGGGGCAAUAGAUGUCGAUGAUGCUCGAAAGUCUUCCAGAGCUGCCUACCUUCAGAAACGUCUCGAAUCUAAGCUUGCAGAACUUGAGGCUGACUUGGAACGUCUAGAGUCUCGCAAUGACCUCAAUGCUAGGGAAGCACAGGAAUACCGAGAAAAGAAAGAGCUUAUCGAAUCCAUUCGAAAUACGAAAGACGUUGAGCAAUUGAAUGAGUAUGAGCUUCCAGGAACAGAUGGCUCCACAUCUCAUGUCGACAGAAAACGGAAGCGUGAUCUACUAUCAGCAAAACAAAGAGAUGAAAGAACAGAAGUGGUGGAUACAAAAAAGAAGUUUCGUUUUGAAAACCAGUGGGAACUUGACCAGUUACGAAAAGCUUCCGAAAUCAAAACCGCAAAUCCAGAUGAAAUUCAAGUUCAGCUGGAUCAGCAGUAUGAGUACGUCUUCGAUGAUUCGCAAUUCAUAGACUUUGCUGAAGAAGACGAGCAGGAAGAAGGGGAUGAUACAGAUGAUGACCCGGUCUCGGUCAAUGCUUCUGCUCGUUCGUCGAUGAAGGAAGUUAGGGAGUCUUUACCGGUGUUUCAACUUCGACAGGAGUUUCUUCAAAAGGUCGAAGAGAACCAGGUACUCAUCGUUGUGGGUGAGACUGGUUCCGGUAAAACUACUCAGCUACCGCAAUACUUAUUCGAGGCCGGAUACACGCAAACAAAGAACGAUAAAGAUCAGGUACAGAAAGUUGGAUGUACACAGCCAAGAAGAGUUGCAGCAACAUCCGUGGCCGCCAGAGUGGCUGAUGAAGUCGGUUGCAAAUUGGGAGACAAAGUCGGCUACAGCAUUCGUUUUGAAGAGAGUACUUCUGAAAAUACGCAUAUCAAGUAUCUCACGGAUGGUAUGCUUCUAAGGGAAUUCCUUACUGAUCCUUUGCUUACAUCCUACAGUGCUCUCAUGAUCGAUGAAGCUCACGAACGCACUGUAUCCACUGAAAUUGUUUUGGGAUUACUCAAAGACAUCAUCAAAGAGCGGAACGAUCUCAAACUCAUAAUUGCUUCUGCCACUAUCAAUGCUUCAAAAUUCUCUGAGUAUUUUGAUGAUGCACCAAUCUUCAAGAUUCCUGGCAGAAGAUAUCCUGUUGAUGUAUGCUACACUAAGAACCCAGAAGCAAAUUAUAUUCAAGCUGCUAUAACGACUAUCUUUCAGAUUCAUACCACUCAAGAGACCUCUGGAGACAUUCUUGUUUUCUUAACCGGACAGGACGAGAUUGAAUCAAUGAAUGAGGCGUUAGUUGAAGCUUGUGAUAAGUUGGGAUCACUGAUAAAAAGGCUAAUAAUUGCCCCAAUCUAUGCUAAUCUUCCGCCAAAACAACAGCAGCAGAUUUUCGAGCCGACUCCACCGGAUGCUCGUAAAGUUGUUCUAGCCACUAAUAUUGCUGAAACUUCCAUCACAAUUGAUGGAAUUAAGUAUGUCAUCGAUCCGGGAUAUGUGAAAGAGAAUGUUUUCAACCCCACUACAGGUAUGGAAAGUCUUGUCGUGGUUCCAUGCUCUAGAGCAUCUGCAGACCAAAGAGCAGGUAGAGCAGGAAGAGUGGGACCAGGAAAGUGUUAUCGUCUCUUUACUAAGUGGUCUUUUUACAAUGAGUUGCAGGCAAAUCCCACUCCUGAGAUCCAGCGUACAAAUCUUAGCACUAUUAUCCUCAUGCUUUUGUCGAUGGGUAUCACUGAUUUAAUGCAUUUUGAUUUCAUGGACCCUCCUUCGUCACAAACCUUAAUCAAAUCCUUUGAGUUACUUUAUGCACUAGGCGCCCUCAACAUGAAAGGUCAAAUCACAGAUAUUGGAAGGAAAAUGGCCGAGUUUCCAAUGGACCCUAUGUUCUGCAAAUGUCUCCUCAAAAGUGCCGAUUUCGAAGUGACUCCAGAAAUCCUAUCCGUUAUGGCACUACUUUCUGAGUCUUCUUCGCUCUUUUUCCGUCCAAAGGACAAAAGAGAACAGGCAGAUAAGAAAAAGGACGCUUUUCGUCAUGACCUAGGUGAUCAUCUUACUCUUCUAAACAUCUGGAACGAGUGGGAAAAUACGGGCUUUUCAAAUAUUUGGGCAGAGGAGAAUUUUCUUCAGUAUCGUACACUUAAAAGGGCCAAGGAAGUUCGGACCCAAUUACAGAGGCUAUGCAAACGGGUGGGCAUCGAUGUAGAGGAAAACAGCCUGUCUAAGUUGGACUAUGAUGAGAAGUUGAAACGGAUACAGAAGGCAUUGGUUUCAGGCUUCUUCCCGAAUGUCGCUAGACUUUCCAAGCUUGGAUCGAGCUACGUUCAAUUGAAACGGAAACUUCCCGUAUUUAUUCACCCAUCAUCUGUGUUGUACCCUUUAAAGCCGCCUCCGAAGUUUGUCUUAUAUCAUGAGUUGGUUCUCACUUCUAAAGAAUACAUGAGGAAUUGCAUGAUAAUUGAAGAGAAAUGGCUUGAUGAACUCGCAAUGCAUUACUAUACAACAAUCAAUCCCGAUUCGAAGGGACAAGAAUAG